UGGAAUAUUGUGAUUAUGAGGAAACGGUGGUAGAUUUAAGUAUAGACAAAUAUGAAUUAGGUGCCAGUGAUAUUAAAGUAACAAAUGACAAAGUAAUUGAAUUAAAACAAAUAUUAGUAAAG